AAAAUCACUAUCGCAAGCGCCAAUCUCGUCAUCGAUUAAAUGCGUUUACGUGGGUUAAUUUCAAUCGAUUCAGUGAUUGUAUAGAUUCAAACUGCAUCACAACGUAUCUAGUAAAUUUUUAUAUAAAACAAAUGGGAAUUCAUAUCAACUGAUUCAGAUCAUUUUGGAUAAAUUUUCAACAAUUUAUUCUCAAAAAAUACGAUCAAAGAGUUUCUUUAGUUUUUUGGUCUAAAUACUCUGUGUGUGUUUAAAUUUGAUUUUAUCUGCGCACAAAAACAAAACAAAUAGUAUGGUUGCGUCGACUGUGUUAUUGUUGUUUGCUUUAGCAAUUGUGGUUUGGUUAAUACUCCAAAAAAUUUACAAUGAGCACAAAAUUAAAAGUGCUCGAUUAGCCUGCGUUGGAAAGGUGGUCGUAAUAACCGGAGCUAGUUCAGGCAUUGGUGAGGCUUUAGCUCAUGAAUUCUAUGCAAUGGGCUGUCGAGUGGUGCUUGCCGCACGUCGUGCAGGGGAAUUGGAAAGAGUUCGACGCAAUCUAUUGAACAGUAAACUCCCGAAUGGCAUCCAAUCAAUUCGGCCAGAGAUCGUACCGCUUGACCUCAACGAACUCAAUCAAUUGUCCGAUAAGGCGCAUCAUAUUCUACGAACAUGUUUGCAUGUCGACAUCCUCAUAAACAAUGGUGGCAUUAGCCUGCGGUCGGAUGUGAUGAGCGUCAAACAAGAGGUGGAUCUUCAAUUGAUGAAUGUAAAUUAUUUUGGCGCAAUCGCACUAACGAAAGCAUUUUUACCAUCGAUGAUUGAACGUAAAUCAGGUAAAAUUGUUUUUAUCAGCAGUGUGGUUGGCCGAUUGCCGAUUCCAUAUCGGUCAGCUUAUACUGCAUCUAAGCAUGCACUACAAGCAUUUGCUGAUUGUUUAAGAAGUGAAAUGGCUGCACAUAAUAUACAUGUGCUUGUGUCCAGCCCUAGCUAUGUUGCAACCGAGGUUUCACGAAAUGCUCUAACUGGCUACGGUGCAUUACACGGAGUAAUGGAUCCUGAAACGGCAGCCGGACAAAAACCAGAUGAAUAUGCAUACGAAGCAGUUCGAGCAAUUUUGCGUGAAGACAAAGAAAUGAUACCAUUCAAAUUUAUACCGGUUUUGUGGCUUCGAGCUAUGUGCCCAUCAAUCUACUUCCAAGCGAUGAAACAACGGUCCCAAAAGCUGGCCGCAAGAUAUACACACAAUGUUCAAAUUGUAUGACAGAAGAAAAAAAACAGUGUAUUUUUGAUUUCGAAAUAAAUUUUAUUUUUUUAUUUAUACA